CAUGCGCACCCGAAAAAGUAAAGUUCGUUUGCUUUACGGCAGAAGCCCGUCUUCCCCUAAUAAUCAUGGCGUCCGGAUUUGAAAGCGAGCGGAGUUUGGCGGCGCGCAAAGAAGAGAAGCGCCACCAGCGGCAGGCGCUGCUGCAGCAGGCAAAAGCUGAUUAUGAAAAGGAAGAGCGACGCAAAGAACUGAAGCGUUUGCGAGGGGAGGAUACAUGGAUGCUCCCUAAUGUGAAUGAACGAGUGGAAGAACUGGGAAAGGAACAUUCUGUUACAAAAAAGAAGAAAAAGGGAAAGCAUUCAAGAAAACAUAAAAAAGAAAAGAAGCAUAAAGCUGAAAAAAACAACGAUUCAUCUGGUAGUGGUUCUGAUUCUUCAGAGGAAUGGGUGGAGGCUCCUGUUUCACAGAGUUCUAGCACAGAAAAGGCUUGGAAGGUGAAGAAGGAACAACUAGACCCUGAAGAAAGUCUUGCUGUGGUUCAGAGGGAUGAAUGGAUGACUCUAGAUUUUAUGUCCGUGAAAACUUUGUCUUCAGCAUCACUGAAGGCUGAAAAGCAGAUGGAAAAGUUAUUGGAACAACAGAAAGCCCAAGCAAACGAGCAGUCCGUGCUUUCUAAAAGAGAGCUCAAUCCCUACUGGAAAGACGGAGGCACAGGUUUGCCAUCAGAAGAGGAUAUUUCAACAAAAGCCACACUAGUAGAAGAUGGUGGCUUAAGCUGGCUGAAGAAAUCCUACCAAAGAAUGAAGGAACAGUCUGAGAGAGAGAAAAGGAAUUUGGAAGAAAUUGUAGCUGAAAGAUAUGGGUCAGUGGAGAUAUUUCAUUCAAGGUUAGAAGAGGCUGAGAGAGCUGCAGCCCCAAAAGAAUCCGAUUGCAGAAGCUGGCAAAAACAUAAAUAUUCCAAAACCGAAUGCAGUGUGAGGAAGGGAAAAGAGAAGCAAGAGGAAAGUGAUGUAGAAAAGGGUGCAUAUAAAGAACAAGCUAAAGAAAGGUAUAAAGAGUAUUCCCCAGAAUGGAGAAGCCGCAAGAGAGACAAACCAACAGGAGAGAAAGUGCCAAGGCAUCAUAAUAAGGAAUCUUCAACAAAAGACUUUUCUUAUGGAACUGCAAAGGGCUCCUAUCAAAGAAGCAAUUAUGAGAAACCUUUUUGGAGCCCUUUGAAAGCUACGUUUUUGAAACCUAAUGAAGAUGGGGAACAAGAAAGCAGGCUGCAGAGUUCUUCGUCCAAAUUAGUGACUCCUGCUCCUGUGAGUCAUGGUUUCAGAAAACCUGGUGAUGAUACGGAAGUUAUCCCAACAUGGCUCAAAAUACAACCACAAGAUGGAGAUGGAAAAGCAAACCUAAAUGAAAAAGCAUUCAAAAUGGAAGUGGCUGUUACCAGUGGGGAGAAAGAGGAAGAGAUUGCAGGAGAUGGCUUGGAAAAAAAGGAGCUUUCAGACAGUAAAUCCACACACUUUGGCUCUAAUUCAGAGGGUGAGAGUCCUUGUAUUCUUAGUGAAGAGGAAAUGAACAGACUUGGAGCCAAGAUUGUGAAAGCAGAAUUGAUGGGAAACAAGGAUUUAGCGGCAAAGCUCCAGGUCCAGCUUGACAAAGCACGUAAACGAAAAGAGAGCGGAGCCCAAAUUCCUGCAAGGGAGUCUGAGAGGGAGACAUCAGGCUUCCAAGAAGACCAUGAUGUGAUCCUUGUCAGAACUGAUAAGACUGGUAGAGCAUGGCCUGUUAGUACUUCAGGAGUACCUCUGGAGCCAAAAGGAGGAAGAAGGAAAAGACCACAGAUUGCUACUCAUAUGGAUAAGGAAAGAGUCCGGUAUUUUCAGGAUGAUGAUAAUCUGAGCCUGAAGGAUUUGGUCAGAAAUGAAAAGAUGCGAACAGCAGAGGAUCAAAAUAAGCUUUUCAUGAGAAUGGCAUCAAAGUUUUCAGACAAAACCGACCGAGAGUACUACACUUUGGACGACAUGUUUGUUUCCAAGGCAGCAAAGGGUGAGCAUAGUGGAGAAGAGGAGGAAAGGCAGAGGAAACAGGCAAUUCAUGAGCAUCGAAAGUUUGCUGCAUGCAUGGAGAAAUGUCCUCACUGCUUCGGUAGUCCUGAACUUCCAAAACACCUGAUUAUUGCAAUUGGUAACAAGGUAUACUUAUCAUUGCCAAACUACCAGUCUCUGACUGAAGGCCAUUGCCUGAUAGCUCCGAUGCAGCACUAUACUGCAGCUACUCUUCUCGAUGAAGACAUCUGGGAGGAAAUUCAGAUAUUCAGAAAAACCUUGGUAAAGAUGUUUGAAGCUCAAGAGCUGGAUUGUGUCUUUCUUGAAACAAACUUAAGCAUCAAGAAGCGAUAUCACAUGGUGUAUGAAUGCAUUCCUCUCCCAAAGGAAGUGGGGGAUAUGGCUCCCAUCUACUUCAAGAAAGCUAUAAUGGAGUCUGAUGAAGAAUGGUCCAUGAAUAAGAAGCUGAUUGAUCUGUCUUCAAAAGAUGUUCGCAAGUCUGUUCCAAAAGGCUUACCCUACUUUGCUGUGGACUUUGGUUUGCAAGGAGGCUUUGCUCAUGUCGUUGAAGAUCAACACAAGUUCCCUUUUUAUUUUGGCAAGGAAAUAAUUGGUGGCAUGCUGGACUUGGAGCCUCGGCUCUGGAGAAAAGGCCUCCAAGAAAACUUUGAAGACCAGAGGAGGAAGGUAUUGCAGUUUGCCCAGAGCUGGAAAGCCUUUGAUUUCACCAAAAGUAAAGAAUGAAGACUGUAACCUGCUGUGACAUGCAGUAGUUCGAGUGCCAGUGGGCCGUCAAGACAUACAAAAUUCCCUUUUAGAGAAGAAUUGGUGUUAAAAGAAAAUCUGGGUGUUUUCAACAUUCCUAGUAAACACCAUUAAGAGGCAAAAUUAUAUCUAAAGGGAGGCAAUUCAUCAUGAGAAACUUGGGUAUUGAAAGACACAUUAAUUUCAGUGGUACCAUGUGGACUUAAAUGCUUGAUGAAGAUUAACUUUUAAAUCUGUUUAAUGAGGAAUGUACAGAAGUCUAUUUUGUACCUCUUCCAUUCAUUUUCCUGUAUUUGUCUAUUCUGUAAAAUGCUAUUCUGUCUUGCGAGAUUCUAGUUCAGUGAGGUGUGUUUUUAAAUUCAGCACCAUGUUAUUUCUUUAUUUGUAAUGUCUUAGAUUUGCUGCUUAAGGUGUACAUUUUUUUAAAAAAAACCCUUUCAAAUAAAAUCCUGUUGAAAGUACAA